AUGGAAGGCAAAUGCUGCAGUUGGCCUAGACCACGAAUUACAUCAGUGGCUUACACAAGUCUACUGGGGGCCAUGUUUGUGACUUUAAGUUCAAGUCGUAUUCUGUUGAUGAAAUUCUCAGCCAAUGAAGAGAAUAAAUAUGAUUAUCUUCCCACAACGGUCAACAUGUGUUCAGAAUUUGUGAAGCUGAUCUUUUGUGUGGCUGUGGCACUAUGGGCUGUGAAGAAAGAGGGCUAUCAGUGUAAAGAUUUUGGAUGUGCUUCUUGGAGAGAACUCUACCAUUAUAUGAAGUGGUCCAUUCCUGCCUUCCUUUAUUUUUUGGAUAACCUGAUUGUCUUCUAUGUUCUGUCCUAUCUUCAGCCUGCCAUGGCUGUGCUCUUCUCAAAUUUUAGCAUUAUAACAACAGCUCUUCUAUUCAGGAUAGUGCUAAAGCAACAUCUUACCUGGGUGCAGUGGGCUUCUCUGCUUAUUCUCUUUCUGUCAAUUGUGGCCCUGACUGCAAGCACUGAAAAUACACACUUGGCAAAGCAUGGAUUUCAUCAUGAUGCAUUUCUCAGUUCAUCCAAUUCUUGCUUUCUCCUCACAAGACCACUCAGUGAGUGCCAUGGGAAAGAUAAUUGCACAGCAAAGCAAUGGACUCUUCCUGAAGUCAAAUGGAAUACCACAGCCAGGACUUUCAGUCGUAUCCGCCUGGGCCUGGGUCAUGUGCUUGUGAUAGUUCAAUGUUUUAUUUCCUCAAUGGCCAACAUCUAUAAUGAAAAGAUAUUGAAAGAAGGAGACCAGAUCACUGAAAAUAUCUUCAUACAAAAUAGCAAACUCUAUGCCUUUGGAGUGUUUUUCAAUGGAGUGACUCUAAGCCUUCAGACCAGUAACCAUGGUCAGAUGAACAACUGUGGGAUUUUUUAUGGCCACAAUGCAUUUUCAGUAGCACUUAUUUUUGUCACUGCUUUCCAGGGUCUCUCUGUAGCCUUCAUUUUGAAAUUCUUGGAUAACAUGUUCCAUAUUCUGAUGGCUCAAGUCACAACAGUGAUAAUCACUACAAUAUCUGUCCUGGUCUUUGACUUCAAACCAUCUUUGGAGUUCUUUUUGGAAGCACCAUCAGUCCUUCUUUCUAUAUUUAUUUAUAAUAUUAGUAAAUCUAAAAGCAUAGAAUAUGCUUCUUUGCAAGAGAGGACCAAAGAUCCAAGUGGCAGUUUCUGGGAAAGGUCAAAUGGGGAUGGAGAAGAACUGGAACUGCUGACUAAACCCAGUACUGACAAUGAAUCGGAAGAUGAUGCUUUCUAGUUUGGAUCCAAUACAAGUGGCAAUUCUCAAGAAUCAGCUGUUAACUUUGAAUAUUUCCUUUUUUGCUUUGAGUAGAUGUUCAGAAUGCCACUCUAAUACUUGGGGACCAGAGGCUUAAGAA